AUGUCUUCAAAUCCAAACGAUGUGACUGAUCUUAUUGCUAAAGCUGAAAAAUGCCUCAAAAUAUCUUUACUAAAGAGGAGACCUGAUUAUGAUGGUGCAAUCGAAUAUUACGGAAAAGCUGCAUUACUUUAUCGAAAUCGCAAACAGUUAAAAGAAGCAGCUGAAACAUAUAAAACAGUUGCUGAGUUACAUUUUAAAAAUGGGUCUUAUUUCCAUUGUGCCAAACAGUAUGAAAUUGCUGCACAAAUGUACCGUGAUAUUAAAGAUUUUUCACAAAUGGCUUCAUUAAUUGCUGAGGCUGGACUGAUGCUACGACAGAAUGGCACUCCUGACUCAGCAUCAUAUGUUUAUGAGCGUGCUGCCAAAAGUCUUGAAGAGCCGUUACCCGAACGUGCUGCUGAAUUUUAUGAAAGAUCUGCAGAUGCUUGUGAGAUAGAAGAAAAAUUUCAUGAAGCUGCAUCACAAGCCAACAAUGCUGCUCAUAUAUGGGUUCGUUUAAAGCGUUUUAACGAGGCGGAACGCCUACUUCGAUUAUUUAUUGAUUACACAAUAAAAGGCCACAUGAAUAGUGUUGGAGCUACAGCAGGUGGAUUUGCUGAUCCCAACGCCUCACCAAAACUGUGUGGUCGUGCUGUAACAGUUCUUAUAUUGAUUAAAUUGUAUAUGGAAGAUGAAGUAGCUGCCAAAAAGAUCUUUAAUGAAGCUGUUGAGCUUUGGAGAUUUCCGGAAGCUGAAGAAUUCUCAGCAGUAAGGCGACUACUAGCCGCCGUUGAUGACAUGGAUAAACAGGCUUGUGAAAAGGCAAUAAAGGAUCAAUGCUUCAGAAUGCUUGACUUAGAUGUAAGUUUUGUACGCUUAUCUGAUUGUUUGUCCUACUACAAACAAAAAACUGGCUUUUAA